AUGGUUUCGUCCUCCCCGCUGCGAGGAGACCACCCCGCCGGGACUAGAGCAUGCAGCAACCCCAGCAAACUAGUGCAGCAGCAGCAACAGAAGUUCUUGAAUAACAAUUCAUUGCCAGUAUUCUUGAAACAACUCAGUGACAUCAAUCUCAACUCCACCAAGGAAGUGGUUGAAUCUCCUGCAAACAUUAACGCCAUUGUUGACAUAUUUGACAACGUAGCCAACUUGAGUACCCCAAUAACUAAGACUUCGAUGAGGGAUAUCCUGUUAACCACAGGUGUCCUCACCACAGAUGGAUCAAAGGAAUCAUGGAACAUUUUAAACACUGAUAAAGCCAGAAACAGCUCAGUAUCAGGACCAGUAUCAACUAAAGGCGUCAGUUCAACAUUGUUAUUGGCUAUUGAGACGUUAACAAGUAGAAUUACUAAUGACUCCUUUGACAUCAACACGCCUCAUAUUCUCCUAAACAAAACUACAUUCACUGACAAUUUCAAUGACGAGUUUAAUUCUUCGGUGGAGAUAAAUGUACUUGAGUCUGAUGGAGGAAAUAAGUCCAUCACCGUGAUAACAUUUGCCUCAAUGGAUAACGUGCUCCCUGUAAGAGAUGAGGACAGUUCACCCUUCAACGUCAUCAACGGUAGAGUCGUGCUUGUUCAGUCCAGUGGCGCCAUCGAUAAUGUUUCCUUCACUUUCGAUAUUUUUGAUGAAGCUCUCGGGAACCCCAAGUGUGUUUUCUGGAACUUCAGCCUCUUUGAGGGCAUCGGGGGAUGGGACGACGAGGGCUGUGAGUUGGUACACCACCUCAACAAAACCGUCACCUGCAACUGCAACCACCUGACCUCGUUCUCUAUUCUCAUGUCACCCUACCUUCCAGAUGACCCUGCUUUGUUUUUGUUGAAAUUUAUAACCUACAUUGGACUUGGCAUAUCUAUAGCUUCCUUGGUCAUAUGCCUCAUAAUUGAAGCUGUCAUAUGGAGGAAAAUAACGAAGAACAACACAUCUUACUUGCGACAUGUUUCCAUUGUUAACAUUGCCGUGUCUCUCCUGAUUGCAAACGCAUGGUUUAUUAUUGGGGCAUUCAUUUCAGAUGCAGAUGAGAAAGAGCCACCAGCAUGCAUUACGGCGACUUUUUUUAUCCAUUUUUUCUACCUGGCCCUGUUCUUCUGGAUGUUAGCCUCAGGUCUGCUGUUGCUCUACCGCAUGGUUAAUGUCUUCGACGGGGGAUUGUCCAAAAACUCUAUGUUGGCUAUUGGAUUCACUCUAGGCUAUGGGGCACCUCUCGUCACCGCGAUCAUAACUAUAGCUGUAACACAACCCAAAGAGGCAUACAUCCAAAAUACUGGCUGCUGGCUCAACUGGGACCAGUCCAAAGCUCUGCUGGCCUUUGUGGUCCCUGUGCUGUUAAUAGUGGUGAUAAACCUUAUGAUCCUGUUGGUGGUGAUAUACAAAAUGUUAAGAAGAAGGGUUGUCGCAGAUGCUGCACAAGUAGCUGAGAGGCACGCUCUGGUAGUUGUUAUCAGGAGUUUGGCUGUCCUCACACCAUUUUUCGGAUUAACUUGGGGUCUGGGAGUCGGAACAAUGGCAAAACCAAACGAUAUUGGAAUCCAUGUUUCAUUCGCAUUCUUCAAUUCACUGCAGGGUUUCUUCAUAUUGGUGUUUGGAACGCUUUUGGACAAAAAGGUCCUUGCAGAAGUUGAAGAUGUCUACAUUGCCGAGCUGAUGGUGGAAAGUAAAGUCACUCUGGAGGCUAAUACUGUCCUGUCAGCUUUAAAUUUGAACACUGCAGUGUCCGACAGCACAACUUCCAACCAAGUGACCGUCUCACACAGUGAACUGGUAGCAGAGUGCCUGAUUGUUGGAGAUGAAUCCAAUUGCAACUGCAGUACCGGCUACACUUGGAGCAACCCAGUGUGCUACAAAUACAACUGUUGCCGGGAAACUCCCUGUACAAAAAACAUGUCCCAGAUCACGCCACUCUGCGUUGCCAAAGUCAAAGGAUUGGUCACCAUAGAGGCCCCUGAGACUCCAGUGUGCUACAAGUCAGAGCCGGUACUGAAAUGCUCAUUUGAGGAGACAACAGGCAGCGCUGGCUGGAACUUGAGCACGAACUAUCAGCGCUUUGAGCUCUACACUGGCAGCGUGGUGGAUCUGGACUCCAACUGUGCCACACCGCAAUACAAUUCUUGUACCACAGUUACACUCCAGGAGGUGACAGGCAUUUGGUCAGGCCGAUACGAGUGUGGAUUCACCAGCGGGUCAGUCAGGCACACAGCCAAAACACUGCUGAAUGUGACACUCCUGCCUGAUACCAUCACCUUGAGGAUCAACCCUCUCACUGCGGACUGUUCGAAGCCGAGUAAUUCAGUCCCUGUGAGGGUCACUGCCACCAUCUCAAACACAAUUGAGAUCUUUGACGUGCUGUGGCAAUACAUGGAUAAACAGAAAAUAAAUGAAAACUUCAUCUCUGAUGGAGAUGACCACAUCUACACUUACAUCGCUAAUGUCAAUUGCCAAAAACUCCCCCACCCCCUACACAAUGUUUCUAUCACUUUUAAGAACAACAAGGGACAAAAGAAAAGUGCAGAAGUGCUUAUCCCAGUCAUUUAUGAGGAUACAAUAUCUUGCGAGGAAGACAUGAAUUGGCCGAAAACCCCAGCUGGAGACACAGUGAUUAAUCACACAUGUGAAGCGGGCAGGGUUGGCUAUAAGUCACGCACUUGUGAACGCAUUGGCACCUGGCAGGAUGUGUUCUACUACUGCGUCAACAAAGAGUUGAACAAAGUUUCAAAUGAUGCAGACGACUUCCUGAAGGGACUAGGGGCUACCCAGGAGAUGGCCAUGAAUAUAUUUUCAGGACUUAAAAACAGUUCUACAUCUGAGUCUGAUUCCAGUUACUAUAUUGCCAACAUUAUCGCCUCCAUAAAUAUUCUUGAUGUGAUGGCCCGGGCAUCAGAGAAUGUUAACUUGCAAGAUGGCGUCUUACCUGUAAGCCCCUGUUGA